CCCCAACUCAUCGAAAACAAAUUGGAUGCCAGGCUUGACGCUGGAACACCCAAGAUGAUGUCCUUCUGCAUGUCUGGAUUCUCCGAUGCACUGGAUUGGAGGCCCAUCCUCUUCCAGGAGCCAGCCGUGGCACUCGGAGCGUGCGUUCUGUGCGGAGUGCUGUCAAAGAGAGCAGUGAGGUCGUCCUGUGGCCAUACACUCUGUCCCGAGUGCCACAGGGAGUGUGCUCGGCAAGGGAGCACCUGUCCCCUUGACCAGGAGUCCUUCAGUGCUGAUGAUCUCGUCCCGAUUGAUUUUCCAAAUGGCUACCUGGGAACGCGUCAGGUGGCCUGCUGGAACAAGCCCAAUGGCUGCUCCUUCCUGGGUCCGGUUUACGGUCUGCUGAAGCACUACAAAAAGUGUACUUUCCACGUCGUGUCUUGCCCUAAGUGUCAAAUGUCCGUGCUGAGGAGCGAGGUUGUAAAACACUGCAAAAAUGGCUGCCACGUCCCCCUUGCUGGACACGUGUCGGACACAGACCGAGCCAUCACGGGAUACGACCGCAUCGAGAAGACGACUAACGAACUGAAAGAAGCAUUUGGCAAGCUAUCUGAAAAUCUGUCCUGUCUGAACGGCAGCAUUAUUCAGUGCCGGGAGGACGUCAGGGCAGCUGAACGCUGGUCCAAGCAACAGCUGGAUGCUCAGUCUAAAGACCUGUCUUGUCUGCACGUUAGCAUCAACCAGUGCCGGGAAGACGUCAGGGCAGCGGAAAAAAUGACCAAAACGCACUUGGAAGAUCACUCUGAAGAGCUGUCCUGGCUGCGUACGAGCCUCGACAAGUGCCGGGAGGACGUCAAGGCAGCAGAAAGAAGCUCCAAACAACAGCUGGAGUCUCAGUCCGCCACACUUUUUAAGAACUUGGCCAGAUUGAACCUUGAUAGUCUUGCUUCUGCACAGGGCAGAAAGAGUGGGGUAGCAGGUUACGGCGGCAAAGUGAAACAGGUCCAGGCCGUGAACCGGUGUGCACAAGUCGACCGCCCGCUGAACACCACAGAUGGGGUACUCCAAAAGGUGGCUACUGAUUUCCAAGUGAUGGUAUACUACGGGUACAUUAAGGGAUGGAAAGCUCUUGUGCGGAAAGCAUACGAGGAUGGCUUGGCGAAAGCUGAAAGCCCCCCGCACUACGUAUGUGGAUACAAGACGUCCGCUGCAAUCAUGUUGGAAAAGUACGGAGAGAACAUUUGGUUUCACUAUGGGUUCAGAAUCGAUCCUGGGGACUACGAUUCAAAACUUACAUGGCCGAUCUGCAAAAAUAUCCUUGUAGAGGUCAUGCACAGCUCGGAUAAAACUCGGAGUUUUCGCCAGAUGGUAGACGCGAGUAAAAAUACAUUUUCCGCGGGGUUCCAGAGGCCAGUGAGAAAACCCAACGAGAGUUUUCUAUGCCACUCGUUUCGCACACUGGAGAAUAUGGAAACGGAUGGUUAUGUUAAAAAUGACACAGUGCUCGUGUUCAUUAAGGUGGAGUAAUUGCAUACUCGCUUCUGGUACAGACCUUAAAUGGGAGAUAUCACGGAGAAACGAUGAAAACAUGAAAGGCCUCCUUUUUAGCUGUCCCUUCAAGUAUGCGAUGAGAUUAUUGCUCAGGAGUCAAAGAGAUUGGAACGUUAGCCAAUGAGAACGUCAGAGAAGCAAUUGCGAAUGGGAAACAUCAUGAGCCACGCCCUGCAUUUCUGAAGCUAUCGGCAACUCUAGAACUGGAUCGCGUUUCAGGCAGGGUGAAUGAAAACAUCGAGAGAAUCUGAAGCGUGCGUCAAAGCUAAAUCGUGGCCGAAAUCAUACCGGUUUUACUAUAGCGAUUUAAUUGAGACCUUUCUCCUAGAACUACCGCGCAUAUUGUUUUCUCACAGUAUCUAAAUUUUCACAGGAAUCUUUACACUUGAUUUCUUAAUGAGACAGUUACUAGGUACGUGAGACGUAUUUUAUUGGGGUAACGACGGGCACAAGGCGGUUCUUUUCUGAGGUCAAGGCAAUUUGGUUCGUUGAGUUGUAUCUGUACCUCAUGCGUGGGGUGUCAGACACGCCGUGUCAUAAGCCGAUCCGAGCGCGAAAGGUAGAAACCAAAAUACGAAAACUGCGCGUGCGCGCACACGGUCGUGCGGAGAUGGAGUGACAAACAACGUCAAACUGUCUGCGUAGUACGUCCAAGGCUUUUCUCGCAUCGGCUAUUCGCGGUAAGAAGCUCGCUAGGGGCGCUUCUGCUUUUCUUACUAUGGGUAGUGCGCGUGCUACCCACGCGGUUAUGUUUUAAUUUGUGCGUAGAAGCGUGACAUUGCACGUGCUUGUACCAGCAGAAGUUGCUGCCUUCGGGUUGUGAAAAAAAUUCCGCCAGGUGGCGAUGCCCAAAGUUCUCGCCGAGAACUUAAAUAUUUCCAGCGCUGAUCACCCGGGCCAAAAAUGCUGAGUCACUGAAGUCAUGCUCCGCGUCUGAUGUUCCGCGCAUGAGGGUCACUGCCAAUGUUUAGGGUGCGUUCCCCGGCCCAGUAGACAAAGAUGGCGGCGAGCAAAACGUGCUUAUUGCAAUGGUCUAUACUCCGUUUCGCCCCAAUUGCGAUCAACCGCAGUGUGCACUACGAGUCACCCUAGCCAAUCCAACGUUGUGGGCACAUCACGUGACUACGCGCCCCGCAAGUCGCUGCGCCUCUCCGGAAAGUGCACGUCACACUCAUAACACAUUGCAUACGCUCGGAUAGACUUCCUGUAUAGGCUCCCUACGGAAGCUAAAGUGGCGCGUUGAUCCCCGUAGCGCCGGCGUUCCUGCACGGCAUUUGGAGCCUGCUCCUCACGUGACUGAAUGCGGCGAAGGUCGGCGCCGCGCGUUCGAGGCGCGCGGCGCACUCAAAAGCAGGGGAACGUACACUGGGGCGCGCGCAACGCCAACUUUUCUGCACGGCAUUUGAUCGGAUCUCGCACGUGAUCGUAUCUCGCUGAAUAGCGGCACGGUGGCACGUCAAAAACAGACGCGCAACUCUGCCUUCCGUGGGGAGCCUAUACAGGAACUCUGCGUUCGAGUAAACGCUCGGGUAGCUCGUAGCGUCCUCUGGGGUUCAUCUUAAAAGCCGACCUAAAGAAUUGUCGUCUGCCGGGAGGAAAGCCGGUUCCCUGUUGCUUUUUUUCAUUUUCCCUCGCACUUUUCUCUUCUCCUGUCCCCACAGGGGCGGGUCUCUGCAACACCACCUAGGUAACAAAGCCGUAGUCAGAUCUUGCAAGAUUACUUUCAUAAAGUAAUGUAAUUGUACUAAGAAUUCCUUUCCUGGAAAGUGCGAAAAUGUAUAUUAAAUUACAUUACAAAUUACCGCAGACAAAAAGUAAUAACAUUACAUUACAUUACUUUUCAAAAGUAAUGAAGUAACUUUGAAUUAUUUUUCUAUACCUUGAGGCAGUAAUUCGUGCUCCUUUUAUUUACAGUAUAUGUACCAAACCUCAGAUCUUCCGGUUUACAUCGCAACAGCCUCGUGCGCCUCAAAGUGAACCAUACUCAACCGUUGUUUUGCUGGCGAACACGGCAUACAUGUUAAGCAUGAUGAACGGCUUCUGCUUAAGGUGGGACUGAGAGACAGCUGACUCACCAGUUUUGCUGUUCAUUUAACGGUGAAGGCUCUUAGUUAAAGGGAAAUAGGUUUCUGUCUUCCUGAUUUAGAAGUUAGAGGUCUUGUCAGACCAUGGGAGUUUGUUCUUACUAGGAGUCGUCACGUAAAACGUUUUUCUUCCGCCUCGAACGUUCUCUAAACCUAUUCUCCCAAGAGCACUAGUUCACGUAUUUUCGUCCCCUCUCAAGAAGUAUUGUUCGCACCAAGAGGCCAAUUUAUUGCGCGUUGUCACAUAAGGGCGCUGGAUAUUUGCUAGGCAGAAGCGUCGCCAGUUGAGUAAAGGGAGGGCGCGAGCUUCCGAAAAUGUGUACGUCCUCAACAGACAGGUGCCAUAUCUGCGCGUACGCUUAUUUCCGAAUAAACUCCCCAAGAAAAGGCAGAGAGCCAUAUCGGGAGCGGCACGUGCUUUGCUCGAUACCCCCUUUUCCGACUGGAAAAAGCACAUUUACUUACCAAGUCCAAUUGAAUGUCACAAUGGUCGAAGCUUACGGUUUGACCUUGGUUAACGAAAGAGCAAGAAGACUUGGGAUGUGUUUGUCUUGUCCUCUCAUGUUUUAAAAUGUGUCUGCCUCACUGGUGAUGUGCCCAUCGAAUUGAAGCCUAUAAGCCGUUCAUUCCUAGGCUGACAGUGCGGUGGAAGCUACGCGCUCGUAGCUUCCCUUCGUCGAUCCUAGUUCAGGUGAUAAAAUGAAUGUGGUUGAUUGGUUCUGGUGAGCUCGUAGCUCUCACCCCACUGUCAGCCUAGGAAUGAACGAAGUGUGGUAUCGUUAUGAUGACGUGACGUGGUGAAUCUGUAUUGCAUAGAGUUCGUGAGCCGUGGCCUUUCAGUGAUAUCCUUGCACGUAAGCUUUUUUUUCCUUCGCCUUUCCAGCCCGCCUUUUUGCGUCGGUCAAGUUUUUCGUGCGAGGCUUUUCGCUUUCGCUUUCUAUCCUCCCGUUAUUUUCCAAAGGCCUAAAAAAAAUAAUACAUACUCGUUUAGUUCAAUUUUCUGAUAAGCAUAACCUGCUGACUUCCGCCCAAUUUGAUUUUAGGAAAGGUCGAUCGACCAAAUUAGCAUUAGCAGAGCAGAAGUAACAUAUUUUUAAAAAUUUCGAGGAAAAAAAACAUGUUCUAGGUGUAUUCGUGGACUUCACGAAAGCUUUUUAUUUUACCACCAUAAUGUCUUACUUCAAAAAAUUUAACUUGAUGGUAUCCGUGGGUUAUAUUUAGAACUUCUACGCUCCUACUUGAGACACCUUUGCCAAUAUGUUUCUAUUGGCCAUUUGUGUACUGACGUUAAACCUAUUCACUCAGGCGUCGCACAGGGGAGCAUUCUUGGAGCGUUUCUUUUUAAUAUGUACAUUAAUAACAUUCUAAACAUAAGCCCUGCAAAAUUUGUCAUACAUGCUGACGACAGUAGCCUAUUAUUUUCUUCAGAUAAUAGCGAUUACCUUGUCACAAUCGCUAAUGACAUUUUGUCCAAACUUGGGGCAUGGCCAAAAGAUAACCACUUAAAAAUUAAUACUGAUAAAACUAAAGCUAUCAUUUUUCGACCCAAGAUUAAGUGUGUAACUUUAAUGAGAAGCAUCGUGCUUGACUCUACGCCAAUUGAAAUCGUCAGUAGUUUUAAAAGUCUUGAAGUCAUCUUUUGGGAACAUAUGUUGUGGGACCAGUCACAUUAACCACUUAGUUGCAAAAUUAUCAAUCAUCAUAGGUCGGACAUUCCGUAACGGCAAAACACUCCCAGUCACCGUGAAGCUAUUAAUUUACAAGUUUUCAUUCUAUUCUCAUCUGAGUUACUGCAACCUCGUCUUUAGUAACAUCACAUUCACAAACCUGCAAAAAUUAUUUUUACAGCAGAAAGAAUGGUUAGAAUAAUAUGCAACCUGCCUUAUGAUUUCUAUACAGGCAGUUUGUUUAAGAAGUUCUGCUUAUUAAAAAUUCAUAGCCUUUUUGAAUACAGAUUGAUUCUGAGUUUAAAAUCAGAAAAAAAAUUAAACGUUGUAAAUCGUUGUCAAACCUAGCGGCAUUGACAACAAAUCUACACGUUCGCUUAACUAGAUACUAGAGUAUUGGAAGGUUGUCUACUGUUCUACUAACUAUGGUACGUACGCCAAUGUUGCGAUAUACUAUACCAAAACUGUUAAAUUUACUGAUUGAAAAAGAAAUUUGCAUUAACGCUAUCUCCUUCAAGGCUUUGCGCUCUUUCUAUCUGCAGCAGUGAUUUAUUUCUCCCACUCAAUUGAUUGUUUAAAUUUGUUUAUGCUACAUAGAUUGCACUCUUUUGUAUUUUUCGGACUCAUGUCUGCAGCGACUGUGCAUGCAAUCUGUUUAGGUGAUUAAUGAGUGUUUUGUAAUUUUGUGCACACUCUUGCUGCAAUGGCAAUGUACGGGGCCGAGCGCUGGUCAAGCUUCCUUUGAGGCUUUUACUCUUUGCUUCACCAUGUUUCAUAGAAAUAAACUAUUAUUAUUAUUAUUA